AUGAUCGAAAGGUUCCAUCGUUCACUUAAAACGGCAUUGAAGGCCAGACUCACUGGUAACAACUGGGUGGAAGAACUUCUUUGGGUACACCUUGGGCUACGAACCGCUCCCAAAGAUGACCUGGGAUAUUCAUCAGCAGAACUGGUCUAUGGCGAGCCACUGACCGUUCCAGGCGAUCUUUUACCCUCUGAAGCAUCUACUUGGUCAGCAACAGAUUUUUUGACAACUUUUCGAGCUGAAGCACAGUUCACUAGGCCUAGACCGGCUAUCCACCACAGUGACCCAGUCACAUUCUUCCCACCAUCUUUGUUAACAGCGAAGUAUGUUUACAUCCACACAGAUACCGUGAAAGGUUCAUUUCAAAGACCAUACACAGGUCCUUACGUUGUCCUCGCCCCGGGAGAAAAGACCUUCCUUCUGGACAUCGGAGGCCGCACGGAACGCAUCUCAGUAGAUCGCCUAAAGCCUACACAGGUAGACCCUACCCAACCAGCCCAUCUAAAGCAACCAGCACGACGCAGCCGCCCUCCGGUGCUACGGGAACCAAAGCCUACCGUUAGGAGCACCGAUGGGAGAGAGUAA